CACCAUUGCUCGAUCUUCGGCAGCAAACGGGAGCGGCCUGGCGUCUAAAAUCAGCCCAGAACGACAAGCCACUGACCAAGUGUCAGCCACAACCUUAUAAAUCGGCAAUCUAUGAUUGGCUGGGCGUUAGGGAUGUCAAUCUGUGUGAUUCGAUGGAGGACUUGCUCACGCGGUCACCGGGUGCAGCUAGGGAAGGUCCGACUUUCGAGUGUAUUAUUAGGCAGCGUUACCUCUGGAAGAUGAGAGAUGGGUUGAUUUAUAAAGCUGGCCUUUCCCCCUUGUGCCCGUGUCCGUAAUAUAUACAUCGGAUUGUCGAGUUUUGAACCAAACUUUAGAAGGCCGUUUCAUCAUCUCAGAGCAACCAAACCCUCCGUCGACUUACACCCGCUUCGUCUGGAGAAGAAGUACCUAGCCAACGCCCGCAGGCAACAUUUGCAGCCUUUCUGCCUAGGGAACAAAAACAAAAUCCUACCAGAAGCAGAACCCGGGACUUGUAACAAUGUCGCCUACCUACACCAUGUCGGCGCAUCUCUGCAAGCAGAUAUACUCGUCUUGGCGCCAGGCACGGCAAGUGUCCCCGGACCCGAGCCCGAGCCCGCCGCUCCCGUCCCCUCCGACCAGCGCGGCGACGUCGUCCUAUUUCCCCCCAUCGGCUCCACCAUCAGACGAGAAGCGGUCCAUGGAGAACGACCGCGUCAGCAGCAGCGGCAGCAGCAGCAGCAGUGAAUCCUUGUCGUCGUCCCACCCCAUCUCACGGAAAGCCGUGGUGGUCAGGCCAUAG